UGGGGACCCACCUCCCGAAAGCAAGAAGGGUUCGAGUUGCCGAUGACGGACGAGCACGGCCGUCUCGAAGCGCGCAAAUCCCGGGUCCAUUUUCCGAACAGCGCCGAGCCAAGUUAUGAGUGUAAUAACUCCUUCCCUUCUCUUAUCAUAGUGGUAAGAAGCCGGUCUGAUGAGCUCUCCGUUCCUGGUUCGCGCUCUCCUACGCCGACCGCGACCCCGACCCCGACCCGUGGCUUCCGCUCUCAGUCUCACUCUCACUUCGGCUCUCACUCUCACUCGCGUUCCCUUUCUCGCGCGACGACAGUUGCACACCACGCCCGCCAUGACUGAGAAGCUGAAGCCCGCCGCCCGUGUCUCGGGUCGGCGCCAGGAUGUGUGGAGCAUCAUCAACGAAGCUGCCGCCGCCUCCCCCAAGCAGCCAAUCGUCAACAUGGGCCAGGGAUUCUUUGGGUACAACCCUCCAGACUUCAUCCUGAACGCCGCCAAGGAGGCUCUCAACCGGGUCGAGUGCAACCAGUACUCCCCCACCAAGGGCAGGCCGCGCUUGAAGAAGGCCAUCUCUGAGGCCUAUGCCCCCUUUUGGGGCCGGAAGCUCGACCCAGACACCGAGAUCACCAUCACCACGGGGGCCAAUGAAGGCAUGUUGAGCGCCUUUAUGGCCUUUAUCGAGCCCGGGGACGAGGUCAUCGUGUUUGAGCCCUUCUUCGACCAAUACAUCAGCAACAUCGAGAUGCCCGGCGGCAAGAUUGUCUACGUCCCAAUGCACCCACCCAAAGAGGGCAACGUCAAGACCCUCUCGGCCGCAGAAUGGACCAUCGACUUUGACGAGCUCGAGCGCGCCAUCACGCCGCGGACCAAGAUGCUCGUCCUCAACACUCCCCACAAUCCCGUCGGCAAGGUCUUUUCCCGUGACGAGCUGCAAAAGAUCGCCGACCUCUGCCUCAAGCACCAGAUCAUCAUCCUGUCCGACGAGGUCUACGACCGGCUCUACUACGUCCCCUUCACCCGCAUCGCCACGCUGUCGCCCGAGGUCGAGCAGAUCACCCUGACGGUGGGAUCUGCGGGCAAGAACUUUUAUGCCACAGGGUGGCGCGUCGGCUGGCUCAUGGGCCCACCACACCUGAUCCAGUACGUCUCGGCCGCCCACACCCGCAUCUGCUACUCCUCCGUCUCGCCAUUGCAAGAAGCCUGCGCAAUCGGCUUCGAGCAAGCGCCGGCCCACAACUUCUGGGAGGAGUCGAUCGCCUCGAUGCGCCACAAGAUGAACCUCUUCAACGCCGUCUGGGAUGAGCUCGGCAUCCCCUACUCGGAGCCCGAGGGUGGCUACUUCGUCAUGGUCAACCUCUCGGCCGUCCAGAUCCCCGACAGCUACCCCUUCCCGCCCCACGUGGCGGAGCGGCCUCGCGACUUCAAGCUGGCCUGGUUCCUCAUCCAGGAGCUCGGCGUCGCCGCCAUCCCUCCCAGCGAGUUCUACACCGACACCAACGCCCACAUCGUCGAGGACUACCUGCGUUUUGCCGUAUGCAAGCCCGACGAGGUGCUCGAGGAUGCCAAGGAGCGGUUGAGGGGGCUGAAGCCUUUCCUGAAGAAGGAUUGAUAAAAAAAAAAAGAAAGAAAGAAAUUGUGGGAUCGGUUACCUACGGCCGCUAUUAGACUUUUUAUUUCAAUCUGACGGACUCACAUGGUUUUGGGACAGCUUCUUCAAUGCCUUGCCUCUCGACAUACGUGACCGCCGUUCGUGAGCCUGUAAUGUGUCACAUUUGGUUCAGUACUGAGCAAGGCCA